AUGCUGUUCAAAGCCCUCUCUGGUCUGGCUAUCCCAGCGGUUGUCUUCGCUCUCGAGGGUGCCAAUGGUCCGGACCAAGCGUUGACUUUCCGCUGUGACGGCAGCUUUCAAAUAUCCAUCCUUGACGAUCUUCAUUACGGAGAGGCGCCCAGCUCGGUUGGACCUAUUCGAGAUGCCCUGACGACGAAUACAGUGGCGAAGCUCCUGGACUACGAGCCUGAGACCGACUUCGUGGUCAUCAACGGCGACAUCAUCUCUCGCGACAAUGUCUUCUUCCACAACACGACCGAGUACAUCGACCAGGCCGUCCAGCCUCUGGCGGACCGCGGCCUGACAUGGGCCACCCUCCACGGCAACCACGACCCGGGCUACAACCGGUCCGUCGAGGAUAUGUUCGCCCGCGAGAAGCGAUUCCCCAACUCCCGCACCCGGUCCAUGGUGCCCGACCCCCAGCGCGUUGGCGUGACCAACUACUACCUCCCGGUCUUUGCGGCCGACUGCCCCACCGGUUGCGGGUGCACGCCGGAGCUGCUCCUCUGGUUUUUCGACUCCCGCAGCGGUUUCGAGUACCAAAGAUUGGACGGAGAAGGGAAGCGCAUCGACCGGCCAAAUUGGGUAGACCACGACGUGGUGGACUGGUUUCUGGCCGAAAACGAGCGCAUCACGGCCAAGUUCAACAAGACCAUCCCCUCCGUAUCCUUUGUCCACAUCCCCUUCGACGCAUUCCGAGCCAUUCAGGUCGGGCCGGGUCUCGACCCCAGCCGCAAUCCGGGGCUCAACGACAUGAAUGUAACCGCGCAGGCCCAGCACUACUGUCCGGACGGUGUCCGGAACGGCACCUGCGCCUACGGAGGUCAAGAUAUCCCCUUCAUGCGCGCUGUGACUUCGACGCCCGGCAUGCUGGGCCUCUUCACUGCCCAUAUCCACGGAGCCUCGUGGUGCUACAAGUGGACGGCGGGCUCGCUUCCCGACUACCCGGUCCAGCCCGAGGGGGACGGCUUGAACAUCUGCUUCGGUCAGCGUACAGGGUACGGCGGCGCGGGCGACUUUGAACGCGGCGCGAGGCAGCUGCUCCUUCGCCAGGAUAAGCUGGCCAAGGGCGAGCUCGACACGUGGAUCCGCCUUGAGUCUGGCGAAGCUGUCGGCGCCGUCUCCUUGAACGAGACGUUCGGUCGGGACAUGUACCCUGCGUCGCCCAACCGGAAGACGUUUUGUGAGGCGUGUCUCGAAUGGGGAUCGUAG